AUGGUUGCCGACGCGCUCGUGUUCCACCCGACGGUGGCGCACUAUCUCCGCUUCGCCGCCACGACCGUCGGCCGCGACAAGCUGAUGCGCACUGUCCAGUACUUUGCGCGCUUCUAUGUCUGGUACCGCCUGCGCACGAAUGCCACGACCGCCGAAGUGGCGCCCUGGGCCGCCCUCAAGGCCGUCCUCGGCAAGGCCCGCAAGCUGCUGCAGGCCGGCAAGAACCUGGAGCACUUCAAGUCCGCCGUGGCCGCGUCGCAGGACCCCAAGCUGUCGACGGCUGCCGUCGGCUCGCCCGUGCUGCGCUACGCCACCGUGGGCCGGCAGCUGAGCUAUGCCAGCUACCUUACGAUCGAGCUGAUUAUGCUGCCCGAGACGCUGGGCGUGAGCAAGCUCUCCAACCGCACGCUGGCCACGCGCCUCAAGCGCGACUCCGCCCGCCUGUGGACGCUGGGCCUGCUGUGCUCUGUCUUUGCGCAGGUCUUUACGCUGCGCCGCCUGCAGGAGCGCGAGGCCCGCAUCGACCGCAAGGACGGCGAGGGCGUUGUUGAGGGCAAGCGCAUUGCCAAGGAGCGCCAGGCCAGCCACCUGCAGCUGCUGUGCGACGUCUGCGACCUGACCAACACCACGAGCAGCCUGGGCUGGACCAACUUUGACGACGGCGUGGUUGGUCUGGCCGGUACGGCAUCGGGUAUUGUUGGCAUCUACAACCAGUGGAAGAAGACGGCGUAA